AUGUACGCCAUCGAACUGCAGAAUGAAGACGGGCGCAGGAAGAGGAGGAGGAGGAGCAGUCCUCCAAGCCAGAAUCCUGAGCUGUCGGAGGAGAUCAUCGUUGAGGUGAUCCUGGUGCGGCUGCCUGUCAAGUCCCUGGUGCGGUUCAAGUCUGUCUACAAGGCCUGGCGCGCCACCAUCUCGGAUCCCAUCUUCAUCCACGCGCACCUCCGCCACUCUGCAACCAAACGGGAGCAGGACCCGUCGACGCUCAUCUACACCAAGGACCUUGGCGGCGGCGAAGCUAUUAGCCAGCUGGGUUACUUGGUGUUCUGUGAUGGUCUGGUGCUCGCUCGCACCGACACCAAGCUCUACCUCUUCAACCCGGCCACUAGGGACUCCCUCACGCUGCCAGACAGUAAGCGCAACAAUUUGGCGUGA